UGACUUACCGACAGAGCAACGGUCAACGUAAUUGAGCCCACGCGCUUCUCAGCGUCUAAUUUGUCUAAUGUUAUUAUUGAUUGUUCGACUUCGGAUCGAGCUCGUCAAUAGUUUGGUCCCAUUUGAGUUCUCUUUGUUUCACUGUAGUAAAGAAACUCAUUUGAAAAAACACGCAGGGCCUCAUAAUAAAACAAUAACAGCAUGCUUUAUAAAUUAGAAGAACACGCGGAUUGAAUGCCACUAAUUGGUUUCCAUUCCAACAGGCAGCCACGAAUAAAGGUUUCAAACUGUGCAGCUAAUAGCUAUUACGGGCACAAGCCGCCACGGGGAGGGGUUGACGAGACCUUUAUGUUACGCAAUGAUUUCAUUUCAUGGCUUCCCCGAGGACACCAUCAUGAUAUGUAUUAUUCAAACAACGACCUUUCUAUCAAUUCCCAGCUCAGUCUGACCCACUUUUCACCGCAACUUUUAACCGGCAGCCCCCAGGUUGCAAAUGUUGGACAACCAUGACACCGUGUUUUUUUUUCCUUUUGUAUUCUUCCACGCAAACGUGGAUGUGCGGCGAAGCUCUGGUGCAUUUGGUGGAGAACACCGGCUUCGAACUAAUUUACUCUAAUUAACACUAGUCACGUGACGCCUUCCUAGCGUCAAAUGAAGCACGCGAUUUAUUUUCGAUCGCAAAGCCGUGAAAUGAUUUCUCGUGGUGCAAAGCGUUUUUGGACUUCUCUAGUCGUUGCCCUCGUGGCUCAGCACUGCUGCUGCUUCUCAGCGGUCCAGGUGGAGACGACACCUGCGCAGCUCGCCGUGCCCAAAGUCUCGUGCUUCCAUCGAAGGAUAAGAGCCGUGUUCGGCCCACUGGUCAAAAGUAAUAUACAUGUUAAAGACAGGACGGGGGCCACGGUACCAGUGCUUCUGUCUGAAGGGUCCUGUGGAGUGAGACUGGGCAGAGACAAAAAACAGAACCUCUCCUUCUUCAGCGGAUAUGACAGCUGCUAUGCACGGAUUGAGGGCAGCAAAGUGAUCGUCCCUCUGCAGAUACAGCUGAGCGGGGAGGAUCGCUGGCUGAUGGUAAACAUCAGCUGUCCUCUCAUUAAGAGACAACGGGUGAGGACUCCCCCCAUCCCAACACCGUUACCUGGCAACUGUGACACGGAAAGAGCGCUGCGACUGGACUGCGGCCCCCGAAGCAUCUCUGGUGACGCCUGCGACAAACUGGGAUGCUGUUACGACGCCCAAGAAUCCACCUGCUACUACAGGCUGGAUGCCUGCUCUGUGGACGGACACUUUGUGUUCUCGGUGAAGUCCACGGACACGGACCCGCCCAUCGAUCCCAGCAGCCUCGCAGUCAAGGGUCAUCCACAGUGUUCCCCUGCGGCCACCACCUCUGACACGGCUGUCUUCAAGAUCGGAAUUAUGGACUGUGGCGCCAAGAUGAAGGGGAAAGGAGACUUGAAGAUCUUCGAGCUGGAGGUGGAGGAGCUGCAGACGAAAAGAGUAACCAAACCUUCUCCAUUUAAUGUCCAGGUCCAGUGCGAAUACAACGCGCUUCAUGUAAAGCGCGCCGCAGACUUGAGGUCCUUCUCUCCGGUGACCAAACCGCCACCUGCAGUGGCACUGGGAACCAUAGUCGUGCAAAUGAGAAUUGCCCAAGAUGCGUCCUUCACCUCCUUCUUUCCCAAGGAGCAGCUUCCAAUCACCUUCCCACUGCGCAAGGUUGUGUACGUGGAGGUUUCCAUGGCCCAGCCUUCCCCGGACCCCACGCUUUCCCUGCGUGUACGGGACUGCUUCGCCUACCCUGCCUCGGGACACUCCGUGUGGACGCUUCUCCACGACGGAUGCCCCAACCCUUUGGAUGACAUGAGGAGCUCGGUCCCUGUGAGUGACGGGGGGGAGACGGACACCCGCUCCCAAUUCAGGAGGUUCGACGUCAAGACCUUUGCCUUCUUGGACCCUCACACGGGCCAUCCGAGCGGGGAGGAGAUGUACUUCUACUGUUGGGUGGAAAUCUGCACGAACACGGCCGACUGCGCCCAGCCUUGUGCCAUCGUUUCGGCUGAUGGUGAGCAGAGGAGGAGGAGGAGGAGGAGAGGGGCCACGUCUCAGUACAACCUGGUCUCGCUGGGACCACUGCUGCUGGGACAGAACGCCACCGACCCGGAGGACAACGGAUCCGUGAAACGGAAAACGAUGCUCCAGGUGACUGUGUACGUUCUCUCUGGCGUCGGCGCGGCCCUGGUGCUGAUGGUUGCUCUAUGGUGGAGCAUCAGGAAGCAUCAGAGGCCAGAAGCUCCACAAGUUGAGAAUCUAUUUCAAUAAAACUUUU